CGCGCGUGUCAGAUACACGCUCUUGUUGAGACAGUUCCUCGUUUUCCGCUUCCCAUUUAAUUCAGAGAGAUGGGUAGGUGAUUGGAGUGAGCACACGUUCUGGUAGUUAUUUUAAAUGCCAGUAUAUUUUGUCAUUUGGCAAUUUUACUUAUUUUCAUAUCACUGUAACUUUUAAACUGGAAUAUUAAAUUCUAAUUGAUUUACAAAAUGCCGGAGUUCAUUUCGGUCGACGAGUUCAUCGCCGAAACCUUGGAGGAUUACAGCUCUCCAACAACCUCUUCUUUCACAACGAAAAUGUCAAGUUGCAGAAAUGCUGUGAAUAACAUCGAAGAGGCCCUGGACUGCGACAGGAUGGUGCUGCAGAAAAUGAAGAAAGCCGCCAAAGCCAAGCACGCCUCGGGCCAAGACCAUAUCUCCCAUCUGGAGUUCUACAUCAGCUCCAUGGAGAAGCUGGCCCUCAACUUCCACAGCAACGGCGAACAGGAAGUGGCCUCUGCCUUCAAUAAGUUUGCGGAAUUCUCCAAGGAGCUGCUGACGCCCAUGAAAAACCUGUUAAAGAGCAUGCUGCACAACAUCAACUUCUUCCUGGAUUCACUGGUGAAAGGGGACCUGAAGGAAGUCAAGGGGGACUUGAAAAAGCCGUUUGACAGAGCUUGGAGGGACUAUGAAAAUAAAUUCACUAAGAUCGAGAAGGAGAAGAGGGAGCUGGCUCGGCAGUACGGCAUGGUGCGGACCGAGGUGAGCGGGGGGGAGAUCGCCGAGGAGCUGGAGAAGGAGCGCAGAAUGUUCCAGCUGCAGAUGUGCGAGUACCUCAUCAAAGUGAACGAGAUCAAGACCAAGAAAGGGGUCGACCUUCUGCAGAAUCUCAUCAAGCACUAUUACUCCCAGUGCAAUUUCUUCCAGGAGUGUCUGGCCACCACUGAGAAGCUGAAGCAGUACAUCGACGCGCUCACGGGAGAGCUAAACAAAAUCAAACACACACAGGACGAGGAGAAGAAACAGCUCUGUGCCCUGCGGGACCAGCUCAGACCAUCACUGCAGCCCGAGCUCAAAGAGUCCAGGAGAGACUCCCUGAGCAGGCAGACGGUCUACAGCAUGCACCAGCUUCAAGGAAACAAACAGUACGGCACGGAGAAAUCCGGCUUCCUCUACAAGAGGAGUGAUGGGCUGAGGAAGAUGUGGCAGAAGAGGAAAUGCGCCGUGCAGAACUGCUACUUAACUAUCGCACACGGAACUCCCAACAAACCCCCGGCCAAACUCAACCUCCUCACGUGCCAAGUCAAGCCCAGCCUGGAGGACAGGAAGUGCUUCGACCUCAUCUCUCAUAAUCGCACUUACCACUUUCUUGCUGACGAUGAGCCUGAAUGUGUUGCGUGGAUCUCAGUGCUGACGAACAGUAAACAGGAAGCGCUGAACGUGGCUCUGGACGAGCGCAGGCCGAGCGGGGAGAGCAGUGUGGAGGACCUCACCAAGGCCGUCACCGACGACAUCCGCCGCAUGCCCGGCAACCAGGUGUGCUGUGACUGCGGUGCACCAGACCCCACCUGGAUCUCCACUAACCUGGGCAUCCUGACGUGCAUCGAGUGCUCGGGGAUCCACCGGGAGAUGGGGGUGCACCACUCGCGCAUCCAGUCCCUGUCCCUGGACAAGCUGGGCACCUCCGAGCUGCUGCUGGCUAAGAAUGUGGGGAACUCGGGUUUUAAUGAAAUAAUGGAAGCGAACCUCCUCAGCCCGUCCCUGAAGCCUUCGGCAGAAAGUGACAUGUCAGAGCGGAAGGACUUCAUCCUGUGUAAGUACAUGGAGUACCAGUUUGUGCAGCGCAGUGGCGGCUCCCCGGGCAGCCUGCGGCGCAGUCUGCAGCAGGCUGUGCGCAGCCGGGACAUCUUCGCCCUGCUGCAGCUCUACGCCGAGAGGACGGACCUGGGCCAGCCACUGCCCAACCCUGUGCAGGUAGAGAGCCACGCCCAUCUACCUGUGCAGGAGAAAGGCGAGACUGCACUCCAUCUGGCUGUCCUAUUGGCCGAUCGGACCUCGCUGCACAUGGUGGACUUCCUGGUGCACAACUGUAACCACCUGGAUGCACAGACGGUCCGGGGGAACACUGCUCUGCACUACUGCUGCCUCCACAACAAAACAGAGUGCCUUAAACUGCUGCUGCGGGCCAAGGCCAACACGCACAUCAAGAACGAGACGGGGGAGGCCGCGCUGGAAAUCGCUCGGAGGCUAAAGCACACGCACUGUGAGGAGCUGAUUAAGCAGGCCCAGAAUAACCAGUUCAACAUGCACGUGCACGUGGAGUACGAGUGGCAGCUCCGGCAGGACGACCUGUAUGAGAGCGAUGAUGACCUGGAUGACAAGAUGGGUCCAGUAAAGAAAGAGCGCACCUCCCGGCCUUUCAGUCUGUAUCAUGCCUCGACCCGCGCCGCUGGGCCUGAUCGAGGAGGGGGAGGAGGAGGAGGGGGCGGAGCUCUAUUCAGUGUGGGCCGCCGGUUGGCUCUGGCUCGGGAUCACAAGCGCGACGUGUACGCCAUCCCCCACACGCAGACGCGCAGCCUGGACAGUCCACCGCCACCGCCCCCCUCCUCCCCUGCACCCCCUCUGCCUCCCAGGGUCAAAGUGCCCAAUGUCCCCCCGCCUCCUCCCCCGGUCAGCCCUCCAGAGGGGUGGGGGGACAGCGCGACGAGCAAGAAACGGACCCCCCCUCCGCCCCUCAACAUACGCCACAAACGCACCUACUCGGAGCCCAUGCCCCACGUGCCCCAGAGCCCCCACGUUCCGCGCCACGCUGGCAUGGAUUACGCGGUACCUGGCAACGCGAGGAUUUACGGCGGUCCGGAUUCACCCUUUCAGAAGCCUGUCUCAGGGUCACCGAAAUACACUGUGACUGCUCUCAACUCCCUUUCUGAGCUGCCAGAGCGAGGGUUCAGGGCAGAUGGAGAGAGCAACUCCUCCCAGUUUGUGUACCAGAUCCCCCAGCCCAGCGGCCGACACCCCUCGCUCAGCUCCCCCACCUUCUCCCGCUCCCUCAGUCUGGAGUCCAACGGGAGCUCCACCAGUACCCAGGGCGGGACCCCACACCCCCUGCCCAGGAAAGGAGUGUCGAGGCCGAUGGUGCGUCGCGUCAGGGCGGUUUACGACUGCGUGGCCGACCACCACGACGAGCUGACCUUCAACGAGGGGGAGGUGCUGGUGGUGCUGGGAGAGGACGACGCCGAUUGGUGGCACGGGUACGUCGAGGGGCAGCCGCACAAGAAGGGCCUCUUCCCCGCCUCCUUCGUUCACAUCCUGUCCGAAUAAGGCCCAGCGGAGGAGCGGACGGGCGGGCGGGCGGGCGGGCAGGCGGGGAAGAGCAUUUCCCCUCUCCCCCACCAUUAAGUUAGUGUUUAACUCUCUGCCUGAGAGAGAGAGAGAGAGAGAGAGAGAGGUUGCGUAACCUCGCUCGUUCCAUUUGUGCGCUGUGAAUAAUUCAUCAGAUCCUGACAGUAGAGAUCAAAAGGCACGCGGUGCCUCACGUAAAAGCCGCUCGUACCCCCGGGGCUCCGCCACGUCCUCAGGGCCGGCGCUGCCCCUCGAACCCUCGACUUCGGGCGGCGUCUCAGAUCCGUAGGUUCUCUUAUAGAUUUUUCACAUCCUUCGAAAUCUGGUUUCAGUUUACUGAAAUCAGCCCAAACCAAUCUUAGGAAGGCUUCGGGCAUUUCUUUAUCACUUACCUUCUACAGUCAAACAGAGGUAUUUAAAAAAGAAAUUUUUAAACAACACCUGAAAAUGAGGACCUGCCAGAAUCAACUAUGCUGUUCAGUGCCACAUUCCUUGUCACACGGUGAAUGGGAAUAAUUUCCUGGAAACAUCAUUUGUUUUAUUGGUCUUAUGGUGGGAUGGAUUUUCCGAAAUGAGUUAAUGGAUAAUUUUAAUGAAAAAAAUAAAACAAAUGUAUUGUAUGUUAUGGUCCUAUAUAAAACGUAUGUUCUGGUACUUUUGGUAGACUGAAAGAACAAUGAGUGACAUAUUUAUUUGAGUGUAGCUCUUCUUGGAGGAAGUGCAAUGCUGAUGACAGUGCUUCUGUAACCAGCACAGACUUCUGAAAAUAGGAUGUGUAAAGCCCCUCCGUCUAAGAGGGUUAGGUUGGUAAAGUAACAAAUGAUCCAAAAGACAGGGUACAGGGUGCAAGUGUGUGCGUGUUCUUGUUUGUGUGUGUGUGUGUGUGUGUGUGUGUUGAAAAAAUGUCAAUGCACUGUCAGUCUGACACUCAUACGGUGUUUUGGUUGGUGGUUGGUGUUUCGUAUUGUUUGUCUAAUGAAAGCAGAGAGGGUUCAGUCUCUCGCUUGCCACAGCUGUCAUGCUCACAUGCGAGGAAACCACGACCAAUAGCAGAACUGCACCCGGCUUCGUUUCGAAACACAAGGUCAAAAAACUGUUGACAAUACCCUCAGGCCCUUUAUCACGGGAAGUCUGUUUCACAACGACAGGGAAGGAGGCCUGUUUACAGCGAUUUGCACAGAGAACUACAACGUAACCGUGUUUGUAUGCACACAUGCAUACACGCACACGUGCGUACACACACAUGCACACACACACACACACACACACACAAGGGAGGGCGGGUUCUGUGUUCUACAUGUGCUCCCCUGCCCAAGGUGCAUGGAGAAUGUCAGAUUAACGUUUCUGGACACGUGACCACUGGCAUGUGAAGAAAAGGACAUUUGAGACUGCGCGAUUUCAUACAUGGAAACUGUGUCUGAACAAAGGACCAGCUUUGGCAUGGUAAGCUAAUAUGGGCUGUGUUCACUGUGUGUCCCCGGGAGAGACCGCGUGUACCUGUGCUUCAGUGUUAUUAGUGUGCAUCCCUGGGGUCUAGGUUUCAACACACAUAAUGGUCAAGGAUGAAAGAAUACUUGAAAUCUAAUUGAGACACACUGUCCUGUAUUUAAUCAGUCAUUCGAGGAUGGAUCAUGUCACACUAUUCCUAUUCAUAAGCCACAAUUAAUUACAAGCAAUUACUUUAUUUUUCUACAGAAUUGCACAAAACAACAGUUUUUUUCUGGCCUGUUUCCUGUUCAGGAUCUACAGCUGUAAUAACUAAAGAGUAGGCCUAUAUAAAAAAUUAAUAAUUGUUAUAUCAUUGGUAUUUUUUUAAAUUGACUGAUAGGGAGAGUGUAAUCUUUUAUUUCAAUAUUUAAUGUAUAAUGCAUUUCAGUAAACAGUUUUGAAUAGCCUCAAGUAUUUUUUUUACUUUUUAUUUAUGGUAUCUGGUAUUUGAUUAAAAGUACUGUAUUGUGUCUGUCAUCCAAUUUUCCUUUUUAGAUUGAAUUCUUUUAUUUUCUUAAAUGAUUAAUAUUUUAUUUUGUUUUAUAUGGGCUGGCUGUAAAACAUGGAACUUCCCAAUGUAUGUUUGUUUAUAUUAUUAUUAUUAUUAUUAUGAAUGUUGUUAUACAUAUUAAAGUGAUAUGAACGCAAC